AUGGAGACGCCGACUGCGGCUGCGGUUGAGGAGCUACGUGCUCUUGUGGCUGCUGCGCCCGACCUCGACGCCUCCUCGCGCGAGUGGGCGCUCGGGCCGUCCGUGUGCCAUCGCUACCUCGCUGCGGGCAUUGCCUCGGCGAAACCGGGCGCGGCUGAGGCUCUCCCGUUCCUCCUUCGCACCGCGCGCUGGCGAGAGAGCCAGGCGGUCGGCGGCGCCAUGCUCGCCGACGACGCGCUCUCCGCCUUUGAGGAGGCGCUGCGGCCAAAGCUGCUCUACUCGCUCUCGCGCGACCGCGCCGGCCGGCCGCUGAUGAUCGAGCGCGUUGGCGCCUGGGACCUGACCGAGCUGACGCGAGUGAUGACGGACUCUGCCGGCGAGGUGAUGCGCGCGCACGUGCUGGUGAAUGAGCGCAUCCGCGUGUCGGUGGAUGAGGCUGGGUUCGCGAGCGAGGGCGCCGACCCUCGCGCGGUGCUCGUCUUCGACAUGGACGGGCUGGGCUUGCGCCACCUGGCGUCUCGAAAGCUGCUGCAGGUCUUUUCGGAGAUGUCAAAACUCGACUCGGACCACUUCCCGCACACUGUUGGCACCAUCUUCGUCGUUGGCGCGCCGCGCGCCUUCUCGGCGCUCUGGGCUGCCGCGUCUGCCUUCGUGGCGGAGGGCACCAAGAAGAAGGUGUCGGUCUUCUCGUGGGCGGCGGCCGCCGAGGCACACGCCACGCUGCGUGAAUGUGUGGGCGAGGCCUGCCUGCCGAGAGAACUGGGCGGGGAACUGGUCGGCGCGCCGCCCUACAGCACGUUGGCCUCGUCGUCGACGUGA